CUUUAGUAGUACACCAAGCGCACUUAAAAUAACAAGCAUAUAACAAAGAAAUCUUUAAGAAGCAUUUACUUUAAUAUACGAAUAAAAUUAAUUAAUUAAUUGAUAUUUCAUAGGCAUAUUUAUAAAUAUUUGCUUUCUUAAGUGUUUUGUUUAUAAAAUGGCUUCAUCGUGGUGUGGUCGAGACUUUAAACCACGGGUUUUUAAAAAACAUUCACCCAUCAUCUGCUAUGAAAAGUCAGAAAAUGUAAUUGUAUCUAAAGCAGAUUAUGAUGAUAAGAGGCAUGCUGCCUUGAUGGGUGAAAAAAUACAAACGAUUGUUGUUCCAAAGCGAUCCGCACGAACUUGGAAUAUGCAGUCUGGUGAUUUGUGUCGUAUUACACUCUCCGAAGGAUCUCAAGUUGGAGACAUGAAUUUCUGGAACUCGGAUAAUAUCAAAGAGAGAUUCUAUUCAGGUAAAACAAGGCAGUUACACAGCUCCCACUUAAAGGUAUACGAUCGGUUAUGGAGUUGCUUACCGUAUUUGCGUCCGAUGGCUACGUUUGUAUUCGAUUCCCUUGCCAAAUAUGGAAUUGAUGAAGAUGGUGCUUCACUGCAUGACGUUAUUGGAACGCGGUGUGAUGAUUAUACAUAUAAGCUACUAACCGGAAAGGAGCGAUUUGGCAGUUGUCAUAGCUAUUUGACAGAAGCUGUUAAAGAAAGGGGAUUGACUGAAGAUGAUGUGCAUGAUGUAUGGAAUAUUUUCAUGUGUACUGGGUUUACAAAGGAUACCCAUCAAUACUUCUGCAAACCAAGUCCUGCGCAAAAAGGAGAUUACAUUGAAUUUAUUGCUGAUAUGAAUUUGUUGGUUGCAUUGAGUGCUUGCCCUCAAGGCGAUGUAUCGAUUCCAGUUGGACAAGAAGUUCCGGAACAUUUAUGCAACCCACUUACAGUGGAAGUUUUUAGAAAAUAGUACUUUAAUAUAAAAUGUUAGGCUCUCUUCUUCAUAUUAAAAAAUAAAUUGUAUAUAAAUUUGGUAAAUGUGAACAAAUUUAGCCAAUAUAGGUAUGCGAUUAUACAACACUUCGCAUGAGCUAUCUCUUGUUGUUCAAGAUAAUAAUAUACCUUCAUAUAUGUAGGUAUGUAGAUUGCAAUUAGGAAAGACUUAUAAAUGUCUUUUAAAUACAAAGUUAUUGUUAUCAAAAAGUA